AUGCACCAGGCUGGUUUCGUGGCACACAAACCAGCGGCCGGCGCGAUAUCGUUGGCCAACGCACCCAUUAUUAUUGACCAUGAAGACUUCGAGGGCAUUCGUAUCGCAGCCACAACGCUCGCUCAAGACAUUGCGAGAGUGACUGGUGAGGAAGCGCCUACCAUCACCUCAGAGCAGAGCCUAUCGCCAUGCGUUAUCAUCGUUGGCAGCGCCCAGAGGUCUAGACACAUCCAGCGCUUAGCCUUGAGUGGGUGCAUCGAGAUCACCAUUGUUGAAAACAAAUGGGAGACUUGGUGUACAGCACUUGUACGUACGCCAUGGGAAGGAUGCGCGAAUGCUCUUGUGAUCUGCGGGAGUGACAAGCGAGGCACUAUUUUCGGUAUCUAUUCCUUGUCUGAGCAGAUUGGUGUUUCGCCUUGGUAUUGGUGGGCAGAUGUACCAGUGGGAAAGAGCUCGGUUCUCUACGCACUAGACGUCAGAACUGUGCAAGGACCACCGUCGGUCAAGUACCGCGGUAUCUUCAUCAACGAUGAGGCGCCGGCCCUAUCAGCAUGGGUACACGAGAAGUAUGGACCAAAGUACAAUUCUGAGUUCUACAAGCGCGUUUUUGAACUGCUGCUCCGACUAAAAGCAAACUUCCUCUGGCCGGCGAUGUGGUUCGGUUACCCACAUCCAGGGAAUUCUUUCUUCAUGGACGAUCCCCUAAACCAGGAGCUUGCCGACAAGUAUGGAAUCGUAGUGUCUACCUCGCAUCAUGAGCCAAUGCAGCGUGCGAUGAAUGAGUGGUUCGAUGUGCCGUACAAUGAACCAGAGCAGAGUUGGAAUUGGAUAAAGAACAAGGAGAAGAUCACCAAGUAUUUUGUUGAAGGAGCACAACGAGCAUCUAAUUAUGAAAGCGUGAUCACGAUCGGCAUGCGAGGUGAUGGCGACCGAGAGAUGGGAGUUGAAAACCCGCAAGAAGUCUUGAAAGAGGUCUUAUCGACGCAAAGAAACAUCAUCAGCGAUGUGUAUGGCAGAGAAGACGCAAUACCUCAAGUCAUGGCUCUGUAUAAGGAAGUGCAGGAGUAUUAUGAGAAUGGACUCGAAAUUCCAGAAGAUUACGUUGGAGAACCGCGAAGUUAUAAAUGGCUGAACAGCAAUUCUCUUGCCAAGGUUUGGCACCAACUCGACCAAGCACAUCGCCAUGGUGCGGACCAGAUCUGGGUUUUCAACGUCGGGGACAUAAAACCUCUUGAAGUACCACUGAGCUUUGUCAUGUCGUUGGCGUGGGACAUGCACGCUAUGACUUUGGGCGACCUUGCAGCUUUCUUCGAAUCAUUCACUUCUCGUACUUUUGGCAGCGAGCUAGCGGUGCAAACUGCAAAACUCUUACUUAGGUACGACAGACUGGUUGCGCUGCGAAAACACGAACAUGUUGAACCAGAGACAUUCUCGCUCAUCAACUAUUCGGAGGCAGACAAUAUCCUGUCAAGCUGGAGGACGCUUGUCGAUGACACCGAAGCUCUAUAUACCGGAUUACAUACAGCUGCCAGGCCUUCUUUCUUCCAACUCAUUCUACACCCCAUCAAAGCAUCACAUACCUACAUGGCACUCCAAAUCUGUCGCGCAAAGAACGCACUCUACGCAAAACAACGUCGCAAUUCAGCCAAUCAUUUCUUCAACCAAUCAAUUUCCCUCUUCAAAGACGACUUCCAGCUGUCUCAAGAGUAUCACGCGAUGCUCAAUGGAAAGUGGAAUCAUAUCAUGCGGCAGCCUCACCUCGGAUACCGCGAGACUUGGCAUGCGCCUUCACGGGACAUGAUAAGUGGGCUGUGUCUCGUACAAGCAAGUCAAGAAUCAAACCCCAUCGUCGGAAACAUUGGUGUUGGUGUCCAGGGUACUGAGGGCGUGCGACCCGGGUUGUGCAAUGAGGAGAGCGACCGCACGCAUCCUUCGCGAAGAGACCUCAUAUCUGGUGUUACGCUACCGGUGAUGAACCCAUAUGGCCCGCAGUCCAGGACUUUCGAGUUGUACUUGCGUAGUCCGAAGAAACUCACCUGGAAGGUUGAAAGUCCGGUAGGUUGGAUGCCGGUGAACGCUAGUGGGAUCCUGGACCCCACAUCCGAAGGACAAGAUCAGUUGAUCCAGGUGAUGGUGGACUGGAGACUUGUACCUAAGGACUUUGACGAUGAGGUCUUAUUGGUUCUACACAGCGAUCUUGGGGAUUACGAACAUAUUCACGUUCCAGUGAAGUACCGUAGCAUACCACCUCGGUUCGUUGGACAUGUUGAGGCUGAUCAACUCAUCUCCAUUCGAGCUACUCGUUUCGCAAACAAGGAUGCUAUCGGUUGUUGGAGGCACCCAUACCUUGGCCGGGAAGCGAGUGGGGCUGUAAGCUUUCGCAUGCAACCUAAUUCGGGCUUGCAGAGCUGUGAGCUACUGUACCCUUUCUACAUAUUCACGUCAACUACUCAGGCGUCUUUAUACUUAUACUUUACGUUGACGCUUGAUGUAAACCCAACUUCACCAGCUCUUUACGGCCUCUCGUUUGACGGUAAAGAAGUUGGAAUGCACAGGCUGGUACAACAGCCCAAGAAGGCGGGGGAGCUACCAGCUGGAUGGUUGGAAUCGGUCAUGGAUUGUGUUUGGAUAAAAAAACACCAGGUAAAUCUUGGUGAUGCUGGUACGCACACUUUAAAGAUUUUGCUUCAGGGUGAGAAUAUGGCACUGGAAAAAAUCGUUAUUGAUUUGGGAGGUGUGCGAGAAAGCUAUUUAGGGCCACCUACAAGCUUCUAUGCGCCCGGUUAA